CCGCUGUAGGAGUAGGAUCCGGUAGGUUUUCGCCUACGUAACAUCAAGUGCCUUCAGUGCGGGGAGGUCGCCGCGACGUUAGUCACCUAAAAAUCACGUCGCUCCGACGACCGGCGACGACCACGGUUUUCAGAUAAUUAAACACUCUAUUUGGUUGUUGUUUUAAGUUGUUGUGGUAAAAAACGGUAAAUUCAAGAUUGUGGUGUCAAAUUGUCGAGGGAAAUUUUUUUUUGUUGUGUGUGAUGUCUAAGGUCGUCGCGGCUUCGUGAUAAGCUGAAGCGCUUCACCUGGUUGUCAAAUAACCAGGUAGUUGUCGGGAUUAUCAUAAUACAAUAAAAUAUCAUAUAAAUCGUUAAAUCGCGGUAGCAGCGGGUCCAAUAAGUUGGGCAAAAAUCAAUGGCCAUCAGCGCCCAUGGGCGGCCUCGCGUUUAGGACAAGGAAUAGCCCCUCCCAGAAGACCUCGCUACGGUGGGGUGACUGCUGUCCCCCGAAUAAUUUGAGUCCGCCGGUGGUAUCUUCGUCUGGUGGCGUAUCACCCGCUGUCAUCUUUAAGGACCGUAUGCUGGAUCAUAUGCCACCUUCGACGGUGUGAGGUUGUCCCCCGCUGUUGCGUGACUGUACCCCACGGGGUCUUGCGAGGUUUCCAAACUUAGCAAAUCGUGACGUAAACCUCUCGGACCUGCGAUACCGUGAUUUUGAAUUAACGCCCAUUGAUUUAACACAACCCAAGAUGAUUAACAUAGCCGGUGUGGUGUCGAUUGGUCUAUUCUACGUCCUGAUUCUGGGCGUCGGAAUCUGGGCAGCAAGGAAGAAAGAGGCUGGAAAUGAUUCCGAGGAAGAGGUGAUGCUGGCUGGCCGAUCAAUCGGCCUGUUUGUCGGUAUCUUCACUAUGACUGCAACAUGGGUUGGAGGCGGGUACAUCAAUGGAACUGCAGAAAUGGUCUACACCCGGGGCCUGGUUUGGUGCCAAGCUCCCUUCGGCUACGCUCUUAGUCUUGUUUUCGGUGGAAUUUUCUUUGCUAACAAAAUGCGACAGCAGGGGUACAUCACGAUGUUGGAUCCACUUCAAGAUGCCUUUGGCGAACGAAUGGGUGGAUUGCUAUUCUUACCAGCUUUGUGUGGUGAAGUCUUCUGGGCAGCUGGGAUUCUUGCUGCGCUAGGUGCCACCAUUGCUGUGAUAAUCGACAUGAAACACAGCCACUCGAUCAUAUUCAGCGCUUGCAUCGCAGUCUUCUACACUCUGUUCGGCGGACUCUACGCAGUAGCAUACACAGACGUCAUCCAGCUGUUCUGUAUAUUCAUCGGACUGUGGAUGUGUAUCCCCUUUGCCUGGAUGAAUCCUCUGGUUCAGCCUUUGGAUUCUUUGGACGUAGAUUGGAUCGGAAGUGUCCCUUCCGAGGAAUACUGGUCCUACCUCGACUACGGACUGCUUCUCAUAUUCGGAGGUAUUCCCUGGCAAGUUUACUUCCAAAGGGUGCUGUCCUCCAAAACAGCAGGACGUGCCCAAUUGCUCAGCUACGUAGCAGCCGCUGGGUGUAUCCUGAUGGCCAUUCCACCAGUGAUGAUCGGCGCCAUCGCCAAAGGAACACCUUGGAACGAGACUGGGUAUCGAGGACCGUAUCCACUGGGCCCAGGAGAAACCAGCAUGAUCCUGCCGAUGGUACUUCAAUAUCUCACACCGGACUUUGUGUCCUUCUUCGGGCUGGGAGCCGUCUCAGCUGCAGUGAUGUCAUCAGCUGACAGCAGUAUCUUGUCAGCCAGCUCGAUGUUUGCCAGGAACGUCUACAAGUUGAUAUUCCGCCAACGGGCGUCGGAGAUGGAAAUAAUCUGGGUGAUGCGGGUCGGGAUAGCGAUUGUCGGGGUGCUCAGCACCAUAAUGGCAUUAACAAUACCAUCAAUCUACGGUCUGUGGUCAAUGUGCUCUGACCUGGUCUACGUGAUACUCUUCCCCCAAUUGCUGAUGGUGGUCCACUUCAAGGACUACUGCAACACCUACGGCAGUUUAGCAGCUUACAUUAUCGCAUUUGUGGUAAGACUGAGCGGGGGUGAAGCUAUGUUAGGUUUACCCGCGUUGAUCCACUUUCCGGGGUACGAUGAGGUCAACCAGGUCCAGAUGUUCCCCUUUCGCACAAUGGCAAUGCUGAUAUCCCUGAUUACUCUCAUUGGUGUCUCCUGGGGAACCCAGUACGUGUUCCUAACUGGGAAACUGGCACCCGGGUACGAUGUGUUCCGUUGCGUGGUUAACAUCCCUGAGGACGUGGAACGCGUUGGCCCAGAUCCUGCCGAAGGUGAACAAAUGGCAGUUUUAGCAGCCGGAAUGGGAAAACUAUACGGCAGCAAAGAUGAAUCUAACGGCCGAGUUAAUCCAGCACUCGAGCCGGACUAUGACAUGGAACUAGAACCAAAUAGCCAGUUGAUAGCAGCUAAUGUCGGUGGGACCAGCGGAGGUGGAGGUGGUGCUUCUGGUGGUCACACUGUUCCUCACCAUACUAACAUACGUCAGCUGCAGUCUAAUACUGCCUUAUAGGUUACUCUAUAAUUGGUUCCAUGAUCACAAGCUGUGACCAACAAUAACUCUGGUGAUGCGGUUGUCUAUUGUUUAUUUAUCAAUACCUACGUAAAUAAGUUUAUUGAACUAAUCAGUAAGUAAUUUCAAUCAAGUUUCGUCAUCGGUUUGGGGUUUUGUUACCUCCGUAAGCCAAGAGAUGUCGCUAGUCAAGGUUAGUCACUCGGGUAGCUUGCUAUCACACAAGAUGGAGCUACCUGCAGUUUCUGGUUGUGACUAGCAUCCAUUUCUCGUGAUACUAGUCGCCAUUUUGGGAUUAUCUCGGCUACGGAAUUAACUACAGACACCGCAUCGCCACUUAGGCCUAGUUGUUUUAUUUUUUGAGAUAUAUAUUAAUUAUUAAUUAUUAAUAUAAAAUAAUUAUAUUAUAUAUAUAUACAUGGAAAUAUAUUUAUAACACAAAGACACGAAAUAUUGAUGUAUUGUCAUUAUUGUUGUAUAUAUUAAAGUUUUAUUAGAAGGCUUUGGUGUAGGCAGACGGUCUGAAAUAAUGAUGAUUGGAAAUUUUAAUUGGAUUUUUAGUGGAGUUUGAAAUGUGGAGGAGAUAAUCAAUUGAAUCUAUUAGAAUUGGAAAAUCAAUUAAUAAUAUUCGGAUCUAAUUAAUUAGAUCUCGUUCCAAUUAAUUAAAUCUGAAUCUAAUUAAACAGAUCUUAACUCUAAUAUUUUCAAUAAAAUUCAAAAGCCAAAGAUACUUUAUUAGAUCCUAAAAUUUUAAUCUAAUUGAAUAGAUCUAAUUAAUUAGAUCUAGAUCUAAUUUCUCACAAAAAUGAUUAGAUCAUCUCUAAAAUCCAUUCUAUGACUAUCAUAACGUAAAAAUCAUUAGAUCUUAAUUCCACUGAAAAUCCAAUUACUUAUUUUUCCGAAAAAAUGUAUCGAUCCACCGACGACAAACGAGUGAUUCUAGACAUAGAUAUAAAGAAUAAAAAAAAUUAACUAGAUUUAUUAUUAAUCGGAAGCUUUCAUACUGCAAUCAAUCGUUCUUCCCUUUAUCCAACAGCUUCGCACGGAUAAAAAAUAUCUAGAUCAAUCUCUCGUUUGUCAGCACAACAAAUAACAAAACAGAUCGAUCUGCAUAUAUAUAAAUAAAUAUAUAUGAGUUGUGUUUAUCAUAUAGUAUAUUACAAGAUUAAAGUAUAAAUAUAUGGAAAAAUGUCUAAUGAAUACGCAAGUGCAAGUAAGCCAAUAGUUAAAAAAAAAAAUAAUUAAAUAAAUAAAUGUAAUGACUGACCGGAUUCAGUCUUGUGUACGCGUACCUUCGAGCAUUUACAUAUUUAUGUAUAUAGUUUUGAAAAAAAAAAUAUAAAAAAUAAUUAUAAUGACUAAAGACUCCCAAAUAGUAAAAAUUAUAAUAAUAUUAAUAAUUAAUUAAAUAUUUAGUGUAAAGUCAAAAGUCAUCGUUGUUACCUUCAUCCUUGUUACUUUUAUUUGAGCCAUUACGUCACAAAAUAAUAAUAAUAAUAUUAAUUAAAAAAAUAAAAAGUAUAAAUGUAUUAUAAAAUUGGAUUAAUUUGUGCGAGUGAAGGAUGUUACUUAAUUACGCGCACGGUAGAGGGCGGGAGGGAAGAGAGAGCACCAAAGGGAGAAAGAUAAGAUUGUAAAAGUGUACAACGUUAUUGUUAAUAAUGGGAAAGUGGUUGAUGUUAAGUUUAGUAUUGUUAUUUUUUAUCUAUUCCGGUAAAGUUGAAUAAGGAAGAAAUUUAUUUGUCGGAACUAUUAAUUUGUUAUUGACAAAUAUUAAGGAAAGAUUUAUUUAUUUAAUUUUAUAUACGUAGUAAUUACUAACUAUUUGUUUUUUUUUUUUUUUUUUUUAAUUGCUGAGAACGUGCGAUUAUUUUAACGCGCGACAGUAAAUUUAAAAUCAUGAAAAAAAUUAUAUGUUAAUAUUGAUAAUAAUAAUAAUGGAAAAAAGGUAUAUAAUAUUUAUCUGAAAAAAUGAAAAAAAAAAAGAAAAAAAAUACAAGUAAUAAAAGAUUAUCAAGUGUAAAUGUAUUUUUUGGUGCUAGAUUAAUUUUAAGGGUUGUAAUUAAUGGAGCAAUAUUGUAUAUUAAUACGUUUUGAUUUGGUUGAAAAAAUCGGAAAAUUUACUUCUAAAAAAACGGAUCUAAAAGAUCUAAUUAAUUAGAUCGAACUUAUUAAAUCUGAUUAAAAAAUUCUUAUUAAUAAGAUUAUUUUUUUAGAUCUAAUUAAUUAGAUCUGAUAUUUAAAUCUAAUGAAUUAAUCUGAUAUUUAGAUCUAAUGAAUUAAUCUGAUAUUCAGAUCUAAUUAAUUAGAUCUUGCUUUUUAAAUCGAAUAAUUUAGAUCUAAUUUAUCAGAUCCGUGGUCUAGACAGAAAUAAUUAGAUCCAAUAAAUCAGAUCUGAUGUCCAGAUCCGAUUAAUCAGAUCUAGAAAUCAGAUUUAUGUGGAUCUAAAAAAUUAGAUCUGAUGCUCAGAUCUACACAUCAGAUCUGAUUAAUUAGAUCUAAUGAAUCAGAUCUAAUAGUCAUGAUUCAAUAAAUCAGAUCUGAAUGAGAGAUCUUAAUAAUUAGAUCUGAA